AUGUUGUCCCGGUGGUCGCGAGGCAUCGCAGAGAAGUAUAUCGCUUUCCAAGUAAGGCGAAACUGCUGUGUACAGAAUAAAAGCUACAGCACCGAUAAAAAGUUCAGCAUUAAAGAUGAAGUGCUCGAUGGCCGGCCACUCUACUUGGAUGCCCAGGCAACCACAUCGCUGGACCCGAGAGUUCUCGAUGCAAUGAUGCCAUAUUUGACUGCUUACUAUGGAAAUCCACACUCAAGAACACAUGCUUAUGGUUGGGAAUCUGAAGAAGCUGUCGAGAAAGCUCGUUUACAGAUAGCCUCCCUUAUCGGUGCCGAUCCUAAAGAAAUCGUUUUCACAUCUGGAGCCACCGAAUCAAAUAACAUUUCGGUGAAGGGUGUUGCUCGGUUUUACGGAAUGAAGAAAAAGCACAUCAUCACAACACAGACCGAACACAAGUGUGUGCUGGAUUCAUGCCGUGCCCUCGAGGGAGAAGGAUUUCACGUGACAUAUCUUCCCGUACAAACAAACGGACUAAUCAGCAUGGAAGAGCUUGAAAAGGCUAUCACUCCCGAAACAUCACUCGUCUCCGUGAUGACCGUCAACAAUGAGAUUGGCGUUAAACAGCCGGUGGCAGACAUUGGACGAUUAUGCAAAUCGAAGAAAGUAUUUUUCCACACAGACGCGGCGCAAGCCCUCGGUAAGAUACCACUCGAUGUAAACAAAAUGAAUAUCGAUUUGAUGUCCAUCUCCGGACACAAGAUCUAUGGACCAAAAGGCGUCGGAGCUCUGUACGUACGACGUAAGCCACGUGUUCGUCUCGAAGCGAUACAAAGUGGUGGCGGACAAGAGCGUGGUCUUCGAAGUGGCACUGUCCCAACGCCGCUUGCCGUGGGACUUGGAGCCGCAUGCGAAAUUGCUAGUCGUGAAAUGGAAUACGAUCACAAGUGGAUGGAGUUUCUUUCGAAACGGUUGAUGGACAAGAUUUUUGCUGAGCUACCGCAAGUUAUUCGGAACGGAGAUCCUGUACAAACAUACCCAGGUUGUAUCAAUCUUUCCUUUGCCUAUGUUGAGGGAGAAUCAUUGCUGAUGGCACUCAAGGAUGUUGCCUUAUCGAGUGGGUCGGCUUGCACAUCUGCCUCCCUGGAGCCUUCUUACGUACUACGCGCUAUCGGUACGGACGAGGAUCUGGCUCACAGUUCAAUACGCUUCGGAAUUGGCCGUUUUACGACAAUCGAGGAGGUGGAUUAUACCGCGGAGAAAUGCAUCAAACAUGUCACACGGUUGCGAGAGAUGUCUCCUUUGUGGGAGAUGGUACAGGAAGGCGUGGACAUAAAGAGCAUCAAGUGGUCGCAGCAUUAAAACUAACAGCAACUGUUUUCUAGAAAGAGACAUUCUGUGUAACAAUGAUGGCCUGGAAAAAUCAAAUUAACAGUAGUGUAAAACGAUAAUUUCGUUUUCCAUUUAUUCAUUUGGGGUAUGUCUCCCCGGCUAGGCAUGGGAAGAUCUAGAGCGUUAUAAAUUGUAUGAGUAAUAAAAUUGCUUCACAA